AUGGCGACACGAAAUCGAACACCCGUUUUCAUAAAACAUCGAGAUUCUCUCAAGUCAACUAGACCAAACGCCGGAGCCGCUCGCGAUCUUGAUCAGGUGGAAAAGGGAUGGGGGACGGGAAGAAAAGGAGGAGGCUAUGUACAACUAACUCGGCUAGACACUGGAGAGAGGCUAUCAGCAGGGACGUCAGGAGCAGCAACCUCGCAACCAGCCGCUUCCGGUGGUUUGGGAAGUCCACGCCUACCUCCCGUGUGGGUAGACGUGUCGGACAAGAUAAAGGACGAUAUGCAAAAGAUUAGAGGGAAGAUGGGUGAGCUAGCGAAGGUCCAGGCACGCGCGUUGCUACCGUCGUUUGAUACGGACGAUGCGCGGGGGAAGAAGAACGAGCACGAGAGAACCAUGGAGGUUCUCACUGCGGAAAUCACGCGGUCGCUGAAGACGUGCGAGCAGCGGUUGCAGCAGCUUUCGCGAAAAGAAGCGACGUCAGCGGGGAAUGCUGCCAUUGCGCGCAACGUUCAGAGAUGCAUGGCCACGGAUUUGCAACAACUUUCCAUGGAUUUUCGCAAACAGACGAAGCAGUAUCUACGGCGGUUGCAACAGCAGCAGCAGCCUCAAGAAAAGGCUGUGCUGGGCCGUGCUGGUGCUGGUGGGUCGGCAGGCAGGCUACACGAAGCAUCCUCCAGUGCAGCGCAGACAGAUGACGAUGACUACUUUGACCCAGAGUUUGAGGAGCGGCAGCUGCUGCGAGUGAGGCAGAUGGAGAACGUGACAGCAGAAAGGGAGAAGGAGAUUCAAGAGAUUGUGCAAUCAGUGCAUGACCUCGCCCAGAUCAUGAAGGACAUUUCAGUCCUUGUCAUCGAUCAGGGAACCAUUGUUGACCGAAUUGACUACAACAUUCAGAACAUUAGUGCAAACGUGGACAAGGGCGUUGAGGAGCUCAAAAAG